UUUGAGGUUGUGCUCUACUGCACUGCACUGUACCUCCACCAUCCAGACCUCGACGCCGUCUGCACGUGUUUGAGCUCCUUCGUCUUCUCAACAAUCGGGCCGUUGUCUGCAUAUCACAUACAUACGCGACGGGUCGGAAACACGGCGCUUCGGGAUCUAUCAGAGCUUGACUGUAGCUCGCUCCCUCCCAUACGGACCUCCACCGAGCAGCCCUAUCGAUAACAACAAGCUUAUCAUAUCCUCCCUCUUGCUGCUGGCAACCCGACGCUUCUUUCCCUGCUCGAAAAUCGCCUCUGUCCAUCAGCGACAGUCCGUCACCGCCAUGUUCUCCCGACGCGUAGCCGCCCGCGUGGCCUCUCUGCCCGCGAACAACUCGGCCGUCGUCACUCCCGCAUCCACCUCCGCCGCCGCACUCUCGCGCACCCUCUCCACCACCGCUUCUCAACGCAAAGCGCCGUCGCUCUCCGACAUUGCUCCCGAUCAGGCGCACACCUUCGCCGAGAAGCAGAAGCAGUUCCGAGACAACCUCGCCGAGUUGCACAGGAAGAAGAAGGAACAAGAGCGCGAGGCCGGGCGUCAGAAGGAUGCCGCCAGCGGUUUGCCGAGCGAGUCGUCCCCCAACUCCACCGUCGGCCGCCUCAGUUCGCUCAUCUACGGCACCGAAGAGGGCCGGGAGAUGGACCGCGAGAUUGAGCGUUCCUUCUCGCAGACCCUCGCCCGAGGGAAAUACGUCCACAGCAUCGUCUUCCACGAGGUCUACCCCGACAAGGUUGACGAGUACGUCGAGCUCGUGAGCAAAUGGUACCCGCGCAUGGCCGGCAUGCCCGAGAACAAGGUCAACCUGGUGGGAAGCUGGAGGACGGAAGUCGGCGACAACGACACAUUCGUGCACAUCUGGGAAUACCAACGCUACACCGGCUACCACGCCAGUCUGCACAGCAUCCAAUCCCACCCGGAUUUCCCGGCCUUCGACAAGAAACUGAAGACCCUCAUCCGCAACAAACGCACCUCGCUCAUGCAGGAGUUCCGCUUCUGGCCGACCUCCCCUCCGCGCCAACUCGGCGGCGUCUUCGAAUUGCGAUCAUACCGACUCAACCCGGGAACGCUCCUCGAGUGGGAGACGCACUGGCAGAAGGGCCUCGCCGCGAGGAGGGAGGUCAUGGAGGGUGUUGGAGCCUGGUUCGUCCAGGUCGGUGAACUCAACACCGUCCACCAUCUCUGGCAAUUCGCCGAUCUCGAGGAACGUCGCAAUGGUCGCGAGCAGAGCUGGGGAGUUUCCGGAUGGGCGGAUACGGUCCACAAAACCGUCCCGCUGAUCCAGACCAUGGAGAGCCGCAUCAUGGUCCCCAUGCCCUGGAGCCCGGUGAGCUGAACGCCCACCUAUCGAACAAAACGGCAAUGCGAUCUGCAGCAUUUCCGAUCCCAAAAACUCCGGACAUUCCGCCCCGCUGUCGCUUUUCUUUUUUUUUCUCGUCCGCCAACGGCCCCACCUCUUGUCCGCUGAGACGUAGCGCGGAGAUCAGCGAAUGCGAGAAAGAGGAGAGGAAGGGAAGAGGAAGAUAGAAAACAAAAAAAGCUGCGGAGGGAGCUAGGAAGAAAGAAAAAGCGAUCAUGAGAAAAGAAAAAAAGUCCCGAGAUGUUUUUUCCCGGUGCAAGGCGGCAGAAAGAGGGCGAAAAAACCCCCCAGUCG